UCAACAAGGCACUAUGCAUUUCAGACCGCUACUGUAGGGGGAAUUACAGCUUCUCCUAGCCAGCUGCCAGCAUGAUUUCAUCUGCUGGAGGAUUUUUGCAUCUGAUCGUUUGAGUUUUUUUUCCUCCCUCUGUCUUUGUUUCCUUCCCCUUCUCCCCCCCCACCCCCCUUUCCUCCUCCUCCUCCUCCUCCUCUUUUUUAGAAGCAGCAGUCGGAGAUGGAUGUCUCUCUUUGCCCUACCAAGUGCAGUUUCUGGAGGGUAUUUUUGCUCUGGAGCAUUUGGGGAGACUAUCUGCUGUCGGUGCUGGCUUGCCCGGCGGAUUGCCUUUGCAGCAAGACAGACAUCAAUUGCAAGAAGCCGGAUGAUGGGAACCUCUUCCCUCUCUUGGAAGGGCAGGAUUCAGGCACCAGCAAUGGGAACACCAGCAUCAACAUCACUGACAUCUCCAGGAACAUCACUUCAAUACACAUAGAGAACUGGAAGAACUUGCAGACGCUGAAUGCUGUAGACAUGGAGCUGUACACGGGACUCCAGAGGCUGACAAUCAGGAACUCAGGACUUCGCAGCAUCCAGCCGCGAGCCUUUGCCAAGAACCCUCAUCUGCGCUACAUAAACCUCUCCGAUAACCGGCUUACCACACUGUCAUGGCAACUCUUCCAGACACUGAGGCUUUCUGAACUGACACUCGAAAGAAACCUUUUUAACUGCAGCUGUGACAUCCGCUGGAUUCAGCUCUGGCAGGAGAAGGGUGAAGCAAACCUGCAGAAACAGGAGCUGUACUGCAUGAACAUGGAGGCUGCUGUCAUUCCCCUGCAGGAGAUGAACAUCACCCAGUGUGAUCUGCCCGAGAUCAGCGUCAGCCACAUUAACCUGACUGUGCGGGAAGGUGAGAACGCGGUGAUCACCUGCAAUGGCUCAGGCUCGCCGCUGCCAGACGUAGACUGGACGGUUGCAGAUCUGCACUCCAUCACUACUCACCAGACGAACCUCAACUGGACUAACGUUCAUGCCAUCAAUUUGACCCUGGUGAACGUCACCAGUGAGGAUAACGGGUUCCUCCUCAUGUGUAUUGCUGAGAAUGUGGUGGGAAUGACCAAUGCCAGUGUGCUGCUCACGGUCUACUAUCCGCCACGCAUUCAGAGCCUGGAGGAGCCAGAGCUGCGUCUGGAGCAUUGCAUUGAGUUUGUGGUGCAUGGGAACCCAGCGCCCAGCCUUCACUGGCUGCACAAUGGCCAGGUCCUCAGGGAGACUGAGAUCAUCCGCAUGGAGUUCUAUCAGCAGGGUGAAGUGUCUGAGGGCUGUCUACUCUUCAACAAGCCCACUCACUACAACAAUGGCAACUACACCCUCGUGGCCACCAACCCGCUGGGGACAGCCAACCAGACCAUCAAAGGGCACUUCCUCGAGAAGCCCUUUCCAGAGAGUACGGAUAACUUUGUCUCAAUUGGUGACUAUGAAGUGAGCCCCACCCCACCUAUCACCGUGACCCACAAACCAGAGGAGGAUACAUUUGGGGUAUCCAUAGCAGUUGGGCUUGCAGCUUUCGCCUGUGUCCUCUUGGUGGUGCUCUUUAUUAUGAUCAACAAGUAUGGUCGACGGUCCAAGUUUGGGAUGAAAGGUCCCGUGGCAGUGAUCAGCGGGGAGGAGGAUUCUGCCAGCCCCCUCCAUCAUAUCAACCAUGGCAUCACCACACCCUCGUCGCUGGAUGCUGGCCCGGACACGGUGGUGAUCGGCAUGACCCGUAUCCCCGUCAUCGAGAACCCCCAGUACUUCAGGCAAGGCCACAACUGCCACAAGCCAGACACAUAUGUUCAGCAUAUUAAGAGGAGAGACAUCGUUCUGAAGAGGGAACUGGGUGAAGGUGCCUUCGGGAAGGUGUUCUUGGCCGAGUGCUACAACCUUAGCCCCACCAAGGACAAGAUGCUGGUGGCAGUGAAGGCUCUGAAAGACCCCACUUUGGCAGCCCGCAAGGAUUUCCAGAGGGAGGCAGAGCUGCUCACCAACCUGCAGCAUGAGCACAUUGUCAAGUUCUAUGGGGUCUGCGGUGACGGGGACCCUCUCAUCAUGGUCUUUGAAUACAUGAAGCAUGGGGACCUGAAUAAGUUCCUGAGGGCGCACGGCCCAGAUGCUAUGAUCCUGGUGGACGGGCAGCCUCGACAGGCCAAGGGGGAGCUGGGGCUGUCCCAGAUGCUGCACAUUGCCAGCCAGAUUGCCUCUGGAAUGGUGUACCUUGCUUCCCAGCACUUCGUCCACAGAGACCUAGCAACCAGGAACUGCUUGGUUGGAGCCAACCUGCUGGUGAAGAUUGGCGACUUUGGGAUGUCAAGAGAUGUCUACAGCACUGAUUACUACAGGGAAGGGCCGCAUCCGAAGGGCCAAUGCAGCGCAGCGUGGCAGCGGCAGAGACUAGCACGACCAGCAGCUAAAACAGGGGCCUCUAUCUUAUUCACUACACACCAUACAACAUCUGCAGUGAAAGAGGAAAGGAUGCUAUGGAUACCACCUUCAUUCAUGAUACACCAUACAAUAUCCACGGUGAAUGAGGUUGGAGGACACACCAUGCUGCCCAUCCGCUGGAUGCCCCCUGAGAGCAUCAUGUACCGGAAGUUCACCACAGAGAGUGACGUGUGGAGCUUUGGGGUGAUCCUCUGGGAGAUCUUCACAUAUGGGAAGCAGCCCUGGUUCCAGCUGUCAAACACAGAGGUCAUCGAGUGCAUCACCCAAGGCCGAGUCUUGGAGAGGCCUCGAGUUUGUCCCAAGGAGGUUUAUGACAUCAUGUUGGGCUGCUGGCAGAGGGAACCUCAGCAGCGGCUCAACAUCAAGGAAAUCUACAAGAUCCUUCAUGCUCUUGGCAAGGCCACACCAAUCUACCUGGACAUCCUUGGCUAGCAGUGGCCACUUGUCAAAAGUUCCUGCUCCUUCCUUCCUCCACCCUCCCCACCUCCUCUUCUCCCCGACCCUUUCAGCCCCCAAGCAAACAUCUUCAUAUAAACUCAAGUGCCUGCUACACAUACAACACUGAAAAACAAAACAAAACAAAAAAAAACAACCUGUAAGGCAGUUUGGCUUAUAUAUAUUUAUAGAUAUAUAGAUAUAGAUAUAUAUACCUUCCACACCAAUACAGAAAGAAGCUGCUGUUACAGAAACUAUAAGACUUUACAAAACAAAACAAAAAAGAAGAGAAGAAACGUAAAGUACUUAAACAAAAAAAAGGAGGAAUCUUUUCCCCCAAGCUGUGGAGCAGUGAAACAUGACCCUGCUGUGCUUUGUCCGCUCGUGCCGAGCUCAAGACUCUUGCUAGCGCAGAGAAAAGCUCUGGGAGGAGGCCCUGCCCCGUUUGUAAGAUAUGCACUGAAUGUGUGACUCAGUUCCCUCCCCCGCCCCGGGCGUUCGGGCGCUGAGCCAGGGCAGUGCCCCUGGGGGAACUUGCAAUUCCGCCCGCCCAGCUCCACCCUUUUCCUCCUUUUGACAUUGCAGGACAAUUUUUCUAAUUUGCCAAUUCUUAAAUGUAGAGACUCAAGGCUUUCGGAACAUACAGUAAAGGAUCGCGGCACCUACGGGUAAACCACACACGAGAAACAGCCACCCUCCCACAGAACACAGACAAGAGGAACUGAACCUUUCUGUUGCCCAGCGCCAACCCUUUGUCAGACUCUGGGGAUCAGUGCCGGGGACCAGAGCAGCUGCCUGGGAGAGCCAUACAGAGAGCAGAGUUGGGGAGGGGCCUGUGCCAUUCUAAGGAUGCUUUGACCGCACUUCGGCAUGCGGGACAGGCACCCAGCCCAUGCAUCGCCCCCAAAUAGGGGGCGGUUUUGAAAGCAAAACCCACCGCCCUGCUUCUUUUGCCAGGGGACACAAUAGAGAUGUGAGGAGAGCCCCCGCCAUACAGAUGGGCCAAAUUCAUCCCUGGCGCAACGGCGCUGAAAUCAGGGCUUUCCCCCAGGGUGUGUUCAAAGGCUGUAGUUUGUCAUCUGGCUGGGGACUGACUGGCACUGCCACAGGGGUGCUCUUCAGGGUUAGUAUGCCAUGCUGCCCCUCCUCUCUUUCCCCCGCCCCCACCAUCCACCCCCCUCUCCCUUGGUCCAGUACCUGCCAAAGGGGUGGGGGAUGCAGGGGAAACGAAGGGGUCUGGGAGAUGACUGGGAACCUAUCAACACCUGCCCAGGCCCUGUUGACAUUCCCCUCACGUCUCCAGGCCCUGAAAGGAUUGAUGCAUCUGCCUUUGAGCUGCUGUGAAAAUGCAGAGGCUGAAGAAUAGCUCCACUGGCAGCCCGGGGAGCUGGGGGAGGGGAAGGUGGUUCCUUCCCGAGGAGACAGCUCAGCAAAUGGCCACUGAGGCCAGCCUUGCAUGUCAAUGAGGACAAAGGCCUGGCCAAGGGGACAGGGACAGCCAGGGGAGGGGGAGAGAAGCAGGUCCUAUCCCAUGCCCCCAUCAAUAAAAGGAAUCAACCUCCUGGCAAAAGGCUUCCUCAGAGACGGACUCCUGCUCGAAGCAGGCCUGGGAAACAAACGUUUCUGGUUCGUUUCUCCUCCAGCUAAUGGAGGACGAGGGGAGAACGUGCCGCUUGGCAGCUCUAGCCAGGAGGAGCCUGGAGCACGGGAGCCACUGUCAAGGCGGAAUCUGAAAGGUGACCGCUGCAGACCCAGAAAUAGCUUGUGGGAUGUGGCCCUUGUCAUGGAAGGAAUGGGGGGAUCUUCUCCCCUCCCCUCCCCCCCCCAGCAUCCCUGGCCCAGAGCAAUCAACAGAGCAGGCUACAUUCGAGAAAGGAUCCUUCUGUCCAGCUGGCGACGUAGUUGUGGCGUGCUGCACAGAGGACACCCCCAUCCCCUCCCCCCUACCAUCACCCCAUUUAUCUGGAGCUGUCUUGGCUUAAAUCAGAGGAGGGGGCCCUGGUACAGGGAGGGGAAGUAAGCAGAUCCAGGGGAAGGCCUCUCUGGUGCUAGUGGAGCGGAGUCUGCAGGGGCUAAGGCUGCUGGAGAGGGAUGGGUGCAGUGGCUUAUUUGGCUGAGGCGGUGCUUGCUGUAAUAAAGGCAUUGGUGAGGGGAGUGGAGACAAAAUGUGACUCUUCGGCCUGCCUUACAAAAACCAGGAUCUGUCAGUGCUCGGCGGUAACGGCCAAGGCCAGUGCAGCAGACUCGGGAGUCGGGGCAGCGCGUGGGGCUGUUGGCGUUACAAUGCUGCAUGAUUGUUUACAGGUCGCUUUGGAUAACAGAACUGAGCUGUUGGCAGGAGGAAAGGCAGGGAAGGGGUGUUAAUGGCCCCAGAGAUCAUAGAGAAACCACAGUCUGGUGCAUCACCUCUCCCACGCUCUGCAUGGCUUUGUUCUCCUGGGGCAGCUGGACAAUGGGAGCUGGCUUUGGUGAGGGGGCCAUCCAGUCUCUCCCCUCCCCCUCCGCCCAUUUAACUAACCCUUCAAACCCCUUCCCCCAGUCAUAGCACUCAUAGACCCCCCAAUUCCAUGUUAAAUUCAGGAGCACCCCACCCUCCAGCUCUGCUGCAAACCAGGGAUUUCCCCUCCCCCGUCCCAUGAGUGGUGAAUUCCCCAAGCCAGCUCUGUGUGUGGGCACCUGAGCAAGGUGAGGGCAGGAGCAAGGAAAGACAUCAGGCCUGAAUGCAGCAUGGUUAUUAAUAACUGGUCUAAUGAAAGGAGAGGAUGUUGUCCCCUGAAAGCUGUUAAGCUCCCGACACCGAGAUUCAGGCUGUCAGGUGCCCUAUUCUUAGCCCCACCAAAUGCAAUUAUGGCAUUGGGGAAAGGUUCUCUUGUCAAAGCUUGUUUUGAGCAGCUGCUCAGUAAAAAAGCAAAGCAGGGUUGAUACCAUGGAAUGGAGUCAUGAUUCCCCUGCUGCCGCUGCUUUGGGCCUGUGGGUGUCUGGUUUUGCUUUUGUUUGUUUUGUUUCUGUACGGGUGAGAGGAAAUAGUUGCAGACAUGCUGCAGGAGUUGGGAAGGACGCUGGGCCAAGCUAUAGGGGAACAUACCAGGAGUCUCCUGAAUUUGCCGGAAUUAAUACGGAGCCCCUUUAGUCUGCAUGGCUAGGUCUUUCACCCACCACAGGACCAGAUGUUCCUGAUGGCUGUGAAGCCUGUGUGGUCCCGAUAUGUCAAAGCGCAGGAUUUGGGGAAACUCAUGUAGUGUGCCUCAAAGCAAAGAUCUACUCUAGAAUGUGGGUGCCUUUGUGGACAAGGGAGGCACAAGUGACUCCAACAUUGUGCAGCUCCUCCAUUCGCUCCCCCUAUGAAGAGGGUUAGGUAUUGCUCUGCUGCCAGGAACGCCAGAGCUCUCCCCCAGCCUGGUUACUCGCGUCAUGCCCCAAGGACAGCAGUUGGCUCUGGUUUAGGCUUAUUUCAAUUCCCGUCCCCACAUCCCCGUACCAGGGCAUUCCCAUUACUCCCCUCCUUUCAUUGAGCUGGUCCCGAAUGCCUUGUGAAAGGGGAGGUGGGCCAGACCCAAGGGAGGUCCUGGACCUUAGCUGAGAACAGGAUGUUGCCCUUCCUUGCACUGGCAGUGGGCACUUUUACUUAGGGAAAAGAUUAACUCAGGCAGAUCCCUUCGAGGGUUUCACCUAGAUGGAAACCUGCUGGGUAUGAGGGCACUGGAGCUGUGCUGUGGUUGGCCCUGGGUUGUGGUCUCAGUGACCUCAUGUUUUUUCCGCUCAUAUCUUCUGUGAUUUCCCAUUUCUAACAUUUAGGUGAAGCAGAUACUUCUUGAGGGUGGGCCAUUGAGCGCUCAACCCCAGCUCUUGAAGUCAGCCUCCUAUUUUGCAUGCCUGUAUUGUUGCUCACACAGCUUUCUACACUCCAGUUUUUGCACACACCACCAGACUUGGAUGGUCAUUAUGUGCGUUAUAUGUGCAAACCUGAUCACCUGGCACAUGCAUGUGAGUUCAAGGUUUUGAAUUUGCAUGAACUUGGGUGUGAAAAAUGGCAUGCACAAACUUCAGUGUGGAGGAAUAUAUGUGCAACAGCAAGUGUGAAAAUGUUGGGGUUCCAUUGUAGAGGCUGCUUUUGAAAAUGUGAUCCUCAAAGCUCAGCCAACUGCCUCUCUCCUGUAGUGGGUAGAAUAAGCUGUCUCAGACAGCGCUUGGAAAAGGCCUCGUAAGGAAGGGGACAGUUUUACAAGUCCAGUGCACUACUUGGGUUAAGUAAACCAUAGUUGUAUUGGGAAGGGCUAGUGUUAUAUUAAAUCCCAAGUGGUGGUGAUGGCAGAAACUGAAAUAAGCAAAAAAUAAAUUGUGUGACUGGGACUACAGGAAAAUGAGGCUAUAAUUCUGGGCAAACAUUGGCAAAAAAGCAAAAGCAAAGGUCACCAGCCGGCAGGGGUCUGAACUGUGCUGUGUUGUGAGCUUUUCUGGUCUGAAAUACAAGCAGUACAAGGCCUGAGCAAUAUUAAACCUUUCAGGGACAAAGGCAGGGAAAUCCAAAGCUAAGGCUGCUGUUUUCUCUUCUGAAGAAAGGCUUUUACCUGUCAGGACCCAAGUGCAUUUGCUGCCUAAUGUACUAGCGAUAUCAGCAACUGUAACUGCAGAAACACAGAACCCGGGUCUCGGCAGGCAAGUGAAGAAGGAAUUGAUUUAAGCGCUGUUGUUCGUUGGGUGUAUUUAUUUGUCAUUGGUGAAUCUCAUCUAAAGUGUGUUCUGUUCAGAGCUGGGAUCUUAGGCAGUUUUAUUACAGUUGCUUAUUUAUUUUUAUAACGAGGCAGUUCACUUCCGGCACCCAAUGGUGACUCUCAUUUUACAGGCUGUGAGUGAAAAAUGUUGCAUUCAAGGCUAGUAGCCAAAUGUACUGACAGAGAAGGCCCUCCUUGCUCUCUGCAGGUGACUUUUCUCCUCUGGGGCAGCUGUACCAGUUUACUAGACUAAGACUGUGGCCCAUGCCCAGUGCCUUCCUGUACAGUUACAUAUGUUCACCUCUCCUGGGGCUUAGCAGCUGAAGCUCAGCUGCACACCACUAAAUGGGAAGCUGGCAGUGGUGCCAUGCUGAGGCCUAGCCUACAGAAACCUGACUGAGAAUGCGAGGGAGAGCCUAGAGUAUCUGUCAUAUGAGGACAUGCCAGUUUCGGGGCAGGGAAGAACCAAUUGUUGAGAAGACAGACACACCCACCAGAAAAGAUAGCUUGCCCCCUUGGCUUUCCAUUCAUCAGGACUUGGUUUAAGACUUUAGUAUUUUUUGUACAAAGAGGGGGAGGAUUUAAUCUCUGACAGGAUAUUUAGCACUUGGGUCAUUCACCUUGCAUGGGCCAGGUCUUGGCUGGGAAGCAGUCCCUCCUGUUUACCAGGAAGAGCCUGGGUUCUGUUCUAUGCUGUUUAGUUGCUCCCCUGCAAUGGCUCCUCUCUGCUUUUGAGACACCUACUCACGUUUCUCUAAAUGUGGAUUUUCACAUGCAGAGGGAGCUGACGGGGCGGGGCGGUUGGCCGGUGAUCGGGUCUGAUGGCUCCAUACAGUUGUGCCCUGCUCAUUGUGGGAAGACAGGAUGCCCAUGCCAAGAAAAGCACUAGGCAGGUACAUGCUUUGGAUCGGUGCAAAGGCACAUCCCCAAACGCUCUGCUGUGCUACUGUGUCCUUUUAAAGGAACAGGAUGAGACUGCACCUUUGGGAUGAGUAUGCUGUUGGUUUGCAAAGGAGAAGAAAUUGAAGGGGGAGCAUGUCACUUUGUGCCCCAUUACCAUAAUGGCUAAGUGGAAAAACUUGCUUAGCUCUUCUCCAGAAUCACUGCUAGAAACCAUGCUCCUGGCUGGGACCUUACGGGUCCGGUGUCUAGCCGAGUGAAUGUGUUUGAAGACAUCCUCCUCCCCCGAGUGGGAGACUAUAGUGUCACAAAUGGCACAGGUGUAUGUAGUCUCUGCUCCCAGUGGGAUGCAGAUGUAACAGUGCAUCCUUCAGUCACUUUCAUGCCCCUUGUUCCUUGCCUGUACAACAUGAGGCAGUGGAACAGGUUCCCAACCAAAGUGGUGGAAGUCUCAUUGCUUGCGACUUUUAAAACUAUGCUAGAAAAUUGUGGGGAACAAUCUUGCUUGGGACCCCAGGAGACAGGCUAAGUGAUCUUAUAGGUCAUUUUCAUCUCUAGCUUCUGUGGUUUCCCACUAGCCACAAUUUCGCAAGGCUUCUUUACAGCCUCUGUCUUCUUCUAAAACAACCAGCUAUAACAGUCCUCAAAGGAAAUGGAUGAUUAUCACAUAACUCCCAUUGACACUCAGGGAUCCCCUAUGGGAACUGAUCUCCCAGACAAAAAAAGUGACUGAUCCUAAAACCUGAAGUCCAGAGUUCAGCAGCUGUUCUGAAGAGGUGUUUAGCUGCAGAACUACUGGCUUCUUAAGACAAGAGCCCAGCAGGAGAUGACUGAAAUGCCUCUGUGAAGGAAAUCAUAGCAUUGGGAGGUCUGAAAUUUUUUUUCUUUUGCGCACGCUGGCUCUCUGUUGGUUUCCAACCUCCCAGAUCUUUGCUGCUUGAUAUUUAGAUAAGUGAAGUUGCUGCAUUCACUUCCUUCAGAAAAAAUAGGACUGGCACAAGCCCUGUGAUUUGGCUGGUGUAGGUGCGAUAAGAUUCCCUCAAACCCAACCCCCCGCCACUCCACACACACACUUUUCCUUUCUGUCCUUGUAGUUCUCUGGGAGUGACAAACAGACUUUGUCAACUGAGCGAAAGUCUUAAUGUGAGGUGAAUCUGAAGACCACAGUUUGGACUUCAAACAGUGAGAAAAUUGGCGCUGAAUGAUUCCGCACACAAAGCAGAAAACUUUCAUUUCCUGCAGGCAGGAUGGAAUUGACUGUUAUAUUAAGACUUCAGAAGGAGCACUGCCCUGGAGUAAUUUCACUGCUGUCAGGCAAUGUUGACAUCUAGAUUAACCUCUGUGCAGUGAAUUUUACAGCAAAGCUCAUUGUGAUGCGUGUGGGAUAUCUCCUGUAAAUCCCAGCUGAAACCAAGGGUGUCCCACCCCCCUCUAUGAGAAGAAGGGGAAGAGCCUGGCAAGCUACUGUGGUUUUUUUACCUCAGCAGAACGCGGCUCUGACCUCAUCCAGGCCGUUCCUGCUGAGACAGGUUUUCUGUUCUGCUAAAGUGACAGGAGUUUUAGCCCAUAUUUUUUUUUAAUCCCCCCAAGGUAUUUAAAUCAGGGGGAUGAAAGGCUCUUUGCUAUUGACAAACAGGUCCUGCCGUGUAUCCACAAGCAGACAGUCAUAGUUAAAAGGAACUGGUUAACCAGUGGCUGUUAGCGUCUCUCUCUGAUUAACUCCAAACGAGGGCACUGAUCAGACCGGAUACAGUGAGCCAUGCCGCUCACUCUCACAGCUGCUGCCAACCGGCUGCAUCUAGUGUUAACCAGCCAACCCAGAGGCUAACUAUUUAAACUGUGAGCACUAGACAAAAGAUGCAUGAAUUAAAGGAGUUCACAUAGUUCAUUCUGCAGAAGUCAAAGGCCAUUGCAAGAGAAGUCUCCAAACUCCUUAUUUCUUUGCUCUGGCUGUUAAAUCCAAACUGCAAGGUAGGAGCAAGUACCCUUAGUAUUUUCUUUAAGAGUAGCUUCAGCAGCAAAAGUUUCCAGGGCUGAGAGGUACAGAAGCGGAACUGCCUUCUCCUCCCUUGUGUGCUAGAGACAAUGCUCUCAACAGGCAUUAGUAGGUACCCAGUGAAGUCACCUAGUUCUUUUGAUUACCUCUGUGUAGACAAGCACUGUCAGCUGGAAAAUGUCAGGACUUGAGGGUGUAUCCUACAUUUUAGCUAUUCUUUAUGCCUUGUUCUUCUUGUUCAUCUCCAAACUCAUAUGUGUCUAUAACCAAUAGCAAAAAUUCUAGGCAAAAAGGACAAAAUGUUAGGCUCUCAGUGGCAAACCCCGAAGGCAAAAUCUCCAUCAUAUUUCUAGAAAUUCCUUUCAUGAAAAAAAUGUUUGUUAAAGAAGUUUAUUGUUUGUGAAGUGCUCUGAGAUCCCUGGCUAGACGUGACUAUAGAGUCAAGAGCUUCAUUUUCAGAGGUAGUGCAUGCAUCAUUAAAAAAGGGAUUGAUGAUAAGACAGAAAAUAUCAUAUUGCCUCUAUAUAAAUCCAUGGUACACCCACAUCUUGAACACUGUGUGAAGAUGUGGCCACCUCAUCUCAAAAAUAUAUAUAUUGGAAUUGGAAAAGGUUCAGAAAAGGACAACAAAAAUUAUUAGGGGUAUGGAACAGCUUCCAUAUGAGGAGAGCUUAGUAAGCCAGGGACUUUUUCAGCUUGGAAAAGAGAUGACAAAGCGGGGCUAUGAUAGAGGUCAGUAAAAUCAUGACUGGUGUGGAGAAAGUAAAUAAAGUGUUAUUUACUCCUUCUCAUAACACAAGAACUAGAAGCCCCCAAAUGAAACGAAUAGGCAGCAGGUUUAAAACAAACAAAAGGAAGUAUUUUUUCACACAACGCAGUCAACCUGUGGAACUCCUUGCCAGAGGAUGUUGUGAAGGCCAAGACUAUAACAGGGUUCAAAAAAUAAUUAUAUAAAUUUGUGGAGGAUAGGUCCAUCAAUGGCUAUUAGCCAGGAUGGGCAGGAAUGGUGCCUCUAGCCUCUGUUUGCCAGAAGCUGGGAGUGAGUGACAGGGGAUGGAUCACAUGAUGGUUACCUGUUCUGUUCAUUCCCUCUGGGGCAUCUGGCAUUGGCCACUGUCAGCGGACAGGAUAUGGGGCUAGAUGGACCUUUGGUCUGACCCAGUAUGGCUGAUCUUAUAUUCUUAUGCAGCUCCCAUUGACUUCAGCUGGAGUUGUGUGUCCUCAGUAUCUCUGAAAGCAGGCCUGUAAACUCUUUUUUGAACUUUUAUUUGCUAUCCCCACUUAGAAUACAGCUGGAAGGGUUGCCUCCAAGGUUACAGAGAAGGUCAUGGUGUCAUUUUUGACUAUGGAAAGAAUAUGAUUGACCAAUUUAACACCAAAGAAAAUCAAACUUGGCGGCCUCAUAUAAAAAGUAAUCGGUAUUGUGUUUUGCUUUGGACAUCCAUACAUUAAUAUUCCGCAAAUAUGAUUUCCUCUUUGUUUGCAUUAUUGAUGCUAUAAAAUGUCAGACACACUAAAAAACAAACUAAAAAAACCCUUCAGCAACCCAACCUUUGGAGUUUGGAGUAAUUUUGGCAGAGUCACAAAUAAGGUUGCUGUCCCUUUUGCUUCUCAUGGAUAUUAAUGCACUGGUCACUUUGCUAGCUGUAUUUCAAAGAAUACAAAACCCUGACAUUCUUUGUGCCCCAGGCAGGAAGCCAAAAGGGCCAGGAUGAAGUACCACUUUGUUAUGGUUGGGUUUGUGACAGGCAUCCCCUCUCUCAUAGGGUCUGUUGCAUCUCUGAGGUUCCCAGCAAAGCACCACUUCACAACCUUCUUUGUUCCAGCCAAGAAGGACAGGGAGUGUGUGUCCCCUUUUGUCAGAGCCAUUCUAUCACUUGCCGUUGCUCUUGAGCAGUACUGGAUUCCUGCCUCUUGCAGUGAUAGGUGGAUGUUAUAACUCCACAGCACACCAGCCCUUAGUUGCCCAAGAAUUGAGACAUGAGCAGGAAGGAGAGACCUGUAUUCUUCUCAAUCGCUAUCUAACUACAUCCCAGAAUCUUAGGCACUUGUUUUCAUGAGCACUGAGUGGACAUCUUUACUGUGCUGUCCACAGUGAACCCUAGAUUUUUGUGCCAGAGAGGAUACAGGGAACUCGGAACCCAUCCCUGUGUUUUUCCUGUGUUGGAGGAAUUUAAAUUGCUCCUUCCAAUGUGCGUCUUCUUGAACUAGCUGAAGACGAGUUUCACUUGCCCAACAACUGAUUUACUUUCGUCCCUCCCACUCCUCCCUGCCCCAACUCACUAAAUAAUGUUGUGCCAUUGGCAAAUGUUACAUCAUUAUCCGCCCACCUUCCCAAGUCAUUAAUAACUAAAUUGACCAGCACCAGCCCUGGCAUCGAUGUCUGGAGUCACCCCACUAUUAACAUUCUCUGCGCAAUAGGAACUGUCCUGUUACUCUUCUCAUUUGCUCCCUGUUUCUCCUUGUUAGUGUUUGAUCCAUAGUAGGACAUUACCCCUUGCUCUGGCUAUCCAGUUUCCUUAUUCGUCUCUUAUGAGGGCCUUUAUCAUAGUCUUUUUGAAAGUCUAAUAAAAUGAUACAAAUGUCUACUUUAUUAUUUCCUUCCCUCUUCCAAAGCAUUCUCAAAAGUUAGAGACAAAAUUGACUCUUACAUAGGCUAGGUCGGCAUGUCCCUACCUUGUUGCUUUCAUCUGGGGGCUUCCCAACUAUUAUGUAGUUGGCUUCCCGACCCUUUUUCCUAGUCCUGCAAUUAGAGCUCCCCAUCUUUCUGAGGUCUGAGUGAAAAUGGAGGUCAAAUCAUACUCUGCAGGUGAGACCUUCUGCACGAUGUUGUGGGGAGGAUAUCUCAGCAAGUUUCUCCUUGGAUUUUCCCUCCAGUGAUAGCAUGAGCAGGGGAUUUGGGGAAUCCAGAGAGAGGUAAAAGAGCUCCCAGUUCUGAAACCUCCUGCUGAAAUUUCCACAUGGAAAUCUGGGAGCAGGGCAGGGGACACUGCCAUGAAGAGCAACAUUUCUCUUAUUCAAUCCUCCUCCCAACCUAGCCCUCUGAAGUCCACAGAGUGCCAUUGGAACAGAGAUACAGCUCAGGUGCAUGCCCACAACACAAGGAUGGGGAAUUUCCAGUUGUGCCCCGUCAACCCCAAUGAGAUAGGAACAAAGGUAGCAAAAGUCCCAGAGUAGAAAGAGUUCUGGCUUAUGAUGUUUUCCCCAUAGGGAUGAUUUAGUUUCCUUUUCUAACUCCAUUAUUUAAGACACAAUCCCACAGUAACUAUAAACAUGCUCUGAAAUAUGGAAUGAGUGCGAGGAAUCUGUUUGUUUUCGUUUUUAUGCCUGUAAUUUCUCUCGCUGAGAAUUCAGCUGUUACUCAGCCCCCAGCUGGUUGUUCUGAUUGGAAAGUCAGUCAGGACUGAUUCCUGAUUGGAUCUGCUCUAGUCCAUCCUAGUUCUUACACACUUGGGCUGCGGCAAUGGAAAUAAUCAGCAAAAAAAGACUGAGUUAUUGUUACUGUGUAUAGACCUGAACCCUCCACUUGGUGCUGGGCUAAAGCCUGAUAGGUGUUGAACACCACAAGUGUUCACUAGAGUCAGAAAAGGUGGUGGGGUCUGGAUGCCUCUUGAGAUCAUUCAUUGUGAUGUUAGGAGUACAGUUGCAGGGAAUGAGGGGGUGAAAUUGUACAAGAAAAAAUGGGUCAAACAGAUUGUUUGACAUUUAGUGCAAGAAAAUCCACAAUUGUACAUGAGACAAGAUUGAACUCAUCAUAUUCUCCCCGGAAACAAAGAAUAUUUGCUACAGGGAGAGGAACUUCUCUGUCCCAAUAGCUUUUAAUUUUGUUUUUCUUGUUCUUCUGCUAGAGCAGAACAAACCAUGACUCACAACAUCUUUGAAAGCUGGAAAUGAGGGUGAGAGGUGGGGUUGGGAGCGGAUGAGAGCCUGAUCUUGUUCGGUGAUGUAAAUGGGUAGCAGCACAGCAUCUUCCCAGAAUCCGGCCCUAAUCAUCUGGCAUCAGAUUCCCCCCUCCCCCCGCCCCCAAUCUAUUUUGUGCAAGCAUUGUUCACAAUGUUGUAAAUCAGCUUUAUCUCUGAGAUUAAGAGACAAAAGCAGCCACUAAUCUGGGGAUCCUGCUGUAUUUUAAACCGGUAGAAUCAUUUCCCUGAAGUUCAAAACGCCUGCCUAAGGUCAAGAAAGACGCUGAUGGAAAACCAAGCAAUGAGAUUGUUUUGAUGACCUGUCUGCACCUAAAUUUUUGCAACAUGUUAAUCACAGCCACCAGGGAAUUCUGUGCUGAGGACAGGGACACCUCCGACACUGCAGAGAUCAAUUUCAGGCAGCUCUGCUUAAGAACGGUCGGUAUAAUAAACAUUAUCAGAGGCAGGCUGUCAUGUAGUGUCUGCAGCUGAUGACUGAGUGUUUAGUCUGUCAGAUUUGUUCUGGUCUCUGGUUUCAGGGUGGCAUGUUCUUACUGGCAUUUAAUUUGGGGCUGUGUGUUCAGCACCAUGGACAACGGUCAUCUGCUAGUAGUGAGUGAAAUUUACAGGCUCUCGCCCAGCUUCAUCUCCCACAGGGCUCUGGCUUUCCCCCCUUGUUUCUAAGCUCUGGUGGUGGUUUUUCCUAGUGGUUGCUCUUUUGUGUGUGCUUUGCUUAUCAACUCAGCAUGUCAAGACUCCCUCCCCCCGCCAUGUUGCACCCUGAACCUGCUGACGUUGGCCUGCUCCUAAAUCAGUGUGUUCCUUUCUGCAUUAGGACUACUUGGGUUAGUAACGGGGGCAGGGCUGGAUCUGUACAUCUCCCACUCUGAGGAACAGGCCAGAGAGCUCUCAGGAGAAACAGCUUGAAGAUUAAUAGGGAUCCAUGUACGUCAGUAGUUCUCAACCUGCGGCCCAAUCAGCACACAGCUGAGGCUCAUGUGACAUCCUCAGAGCCAUACCAGGUAGUCUAUAUAUUAUGUGGAUGUGGCCUACAUAACACAGAGAGCUACGUAUGCAGCCCACAAUGGUAAAUAGUUUGAGAACCACUGAUGUAGGCAGUGGGCUGGCUCAGCUACCCUGGAACUGGUCUGGGACUGUCCUGGCACUUAUUUAAACCUAAAUGUUCAAGGACCUGGCGUUUACUUUGGAAUGAUGUAAGGAUUUGGCCCAAUGAUGAGAGACAAGUUAUAGCAUGUCUAAUGUAUGAAAAGGGAACAUAAUCAGAGCAUGCAGCUUUCUCCCGGUUGUGUUGUGGGAUUUCCCCCUCUCCCCCCCCACCUUUUCCUGACACCUAAAACUUUCAACAUUUGCUUUGUCCUAAAAGAUUUAACCAAGUAGAAUGAAACUACUGGAACUGAAGCUUCAGUGAAGUUACUGCUGAUUGUCACCAGCAUUUGUGAGAUCAGGUUCAGGUCCAGCGACAAUCAAAAAGCACUGGGCCAGCUGGAGAUUUUGAAGUGCAGCCUUUGAUCUGCUUUUGUUUAUUUUAAUAUAAAAUUGUCCUGUUGCAACAGUACAAGGAAAUGAGUAGCUACCACAUAUUAGUGAGCAUAUUUUUUCUCAGACUCAAUGGGGUAACAGCAUGCAAAAUCCCUCUCAGUUCAACUUAGUGUCUCUGUGCUUUUUUUCACUCUAACAGCCCUGCCCCUGCUCUAAGACCAAAUGAAGCAGACAAACUCCAUCUUAAGUGGCUGAUUCUGCAAGCAUCAUGAAUAAUUUCCUUCCUUUGGGCAGCUUUGGGAGUGAUCAGGAAUUGUAGCUCCAUCCCCAGCUCUUGGGUAGGGAUGGGCUACCUGAUUCAGGAAAUGGAAGAUAAGAACCGGCCAGAAACUUAGCUUAGAUAUGGAACCGAACCUUCAGAUUAGUUCCUGGGAGCACCCCUUAUUGUCUUCCCUCCCUGACCCAACAGGCCCACUGACUUGGCUGAAAUCCAUCUUGGGGUUUGACAGUUGUGUCUUUCCUCAAGACUGAUGAUGAAUGUUGGGGUCACCCAAGCAGUAGGAACCUCAGAACUUAUGAUCUCUGAUCACACAAGAGAUAGAAAGAAAUUCAGGUCACUAAUCUCUGAUCAGUGAAGAGCAGUACCAGGAGGAGGAGUUGAGAGGUAGAAGUGGGAGGGGUCUGGUUGGCAUAAAGAAGAAAGAGAACUGGUGGCAUAAGGAGGAGAGAUGCCAGCUGGUAAUAGGGUCAAGGAGCAGUAUGGAGUUAGGGAGCCUGCUGGAUUUCAGGGAGAGGGAGUCAUAGGGCAGGAGGAUAUACUGGGAAUUGAAGAAUGGGGUGUAAGAGGGAGGCUGUUGGAAAUCAGAGGGUUUGAUUUGCAGGAGAGAGGAAUCCUGAACAGGGAAGUCUUAAAUGUUGGGAGGGAGGAGAGAAACCACAAUUGACUUGUGUCCAUUUGAAGCAGCUUUGAGGGCUCAUCUGGACUUCCCGUCUUGUUGGGCUUCUCCCUGGUUUGAUCGUGGGUCUCUCACUCAAUACCUUACAAACACCAAAGUCUUAUUGUGUAUUCCACUGUCUGAUGGUUCUUGCCCAGCCACAAGUGGGUUGUUUUGUUUGGGUUUUUUUCCCUGUGUGAAAGGGAUUUGUUUCUUCAGGAGAAGUGUCCUUUAAAAUUCCAGCUAAAUCUGGAGGUAAUUUCUUGCAUGAGCAGCUUUUUAUAGAUAGGCUUAAAGCAGAACAAAAAAACCUUAUGUUAACUAAGUGCUAUUUCACAUAAUGUGUUCCAUGAGAAAUGAAGGAUUUCCUGCCUUGUAAAUGAUGUACAUUGAUGUAGUUCAUACUGGACACUUGGGUCGGAGGAGUUGUGCAGAAAGAUUUCAUGAUCUGAAGGAUCAGCUGGCACCUGGGACAGACAUGAGGGGAGACCAGGCUGUAUUUGGCAAUGGAGUUUAGGUGCUGUAUUCUCCCCCUCCUGAGAUACUAAAUACAUGAUGUGGUGACAAUGGCUGGAAGUGGCGUGUAUGUCCAAAUCUCCCCCCACCCCCCAGUAGGGAUGUAUAAUUCUCAGCAUUAGAAAAAUGGACCAGCUCUCAAAACAAAUCUAUUCCCCUGCCUCUAUUCUGCAAAGAUAGAUGGGCCCUUGAUUGGGGAAGAACUGCGGUGGUAUACACAGGCUGUUCUCAUCAGCAGUGACUCUAACCAUUGGGGACCUGUGGCUCUACCCCACUCAGAAAAAAGGUGAAAGUAAAAUCAGAGUCCAGUCAGUUGGCCUUUGUCCCAGCUCCUAUGUACCUCUGUUCACAACUACAGAAUGGCUCUGCCAGGUGUAGAAUUCCCCGCCCCAUACUAUACAAUUCACAUUCCAGUAGGGGGCUAGGCAGCAGCUGGACCUCCCCCACCAGCCCAGUAGCUGCCACAGAGCACUGAGGGGUGCUGUAAUGAGCACCUGUACAGCCCUCCCCCAAUAGAAUUUUGCCCUACGUAGCCUCUGGUUGGAACUCAGCCCCGUCUUUGCAGACACGUUGGGGGAACAUGGCUAGCCUCCCAAAACAGGGACGUUUGACUGGAUUUUUACCAGACUAAUGUGAAUAUCAGUUAACAUUUUUGAAACUCUGUAUGAACAGAAAACAAAAAUCUCAGUGACAUUUGCUGGAUUGAGUUGUUUGUUUUUACCCAUUAUACCAAUAAGCUACAGUCGUGGCCUCUUUGGAUCCUGUUUUAAAUUCUGCAUCUGGGUCUACAAUGGAGGCCAUCACCUCCCAAUACCUAGCCACUAUGGGGGUCAUUGGUGGAGUCACAUGAUUAAGGGGUCAAAAAUGAACUACCAGCCUUCAGGUCUUGCUAUGGUUCUCAACCCCUUCCAUAUUACAACACCCUUUGCCAUACCAGGACCCAUCCAGAACCUCCCAUUCUGUCAAACUAGGAUCCCCUCCCAUGGGACAAUAUGGGAAAGGCAGGGUGAUGGCACAUCCUAGAACCUGUCUGCAACACCCUUCCUCCCCAGGGACUCCAACUGCUAAGGGGAGGAACUCUGCUCUGGGUAUUAGCCAAAGUGGGUUCCCCCGUAUCCUCCCCAGGGUAAUUUGGAUUGAGCUCUUUGCUACACUGGGGUGGGGGGGCAUGAUUCCAUUACAGUUUUAGACCCAUAGAAGCCUUUUACAAAUUUUUAAAAAGUGUUUGAAAUUGAGGUUAAGGGACAUCUGAAACGCUGAGGUAUUUGCCCUUCCCCUGGAUCCUCUCCCCACCCUUUGCUUCCCCUUUCCCCCCUCCCCAGCCUCAAAAUGAAACAGAAAAUUAUUUUUUUAAAACUAUUGAUAAUUUAUGUUUAGUACAAAGGAUGAUUUAAUGGCAUCACCAAAGGUCAUUCAUUCCAUUUACACGUUCCUCCUCCACCCCCUAGCCCAUUCUCCCUACUCCAGCCUGUCGCCCCCUGUCAUCCACCCCACACACUCCCCACCACCACUAAAGAAACACAAACACUGGAGACCAUUCCGAUUUGGUCAACAAUCAUUGGAGGACAGAGAUUUAAAAAAAAUACUAACCAGCCACCACACAAUGAAACCAUGUCCACCUUUCAAUUCAAUAGUCAACUGCUGCAAAUAAAAGACAAACUCAUUUCUUGACUUUUGUUUAAAAAAAAGAGUCUUUUAUACCUAUAUGUCUGAGCGUGUGUAUGUAUAUACAUGCACCUGUGUUCAUACACACAUACGCGCACACAUCUCUCUCUCUCUCUCUCUAAUAUAAAUAUAUUGUACGUUAGAGCUGUAAAUAUUCCUUGGUCAUGUGUCUAUGUCUUCUUCAUAGUAUCAUAUCCUCAGUGUUACGUUAACAACUCCAUUUAUUGAUUGAUGAAACUGUGUGUAGAACUGUACCCUCCUGACAUAGUUUAUGUAGAUCUCUCUUCUCAAAUAAAGUACAAAACAACCAUUAACUAGGCGUUUUUCCCCUCCUCUGUCUGCCUGUCAUUCAACUUUCUUUUUAUGAACAUCACCUUUGAUCUUUUAUGUUCCAGUUUUAAUCACAGGCUUGAGGCAGGAAUUCUUGGGUGAAGUUCUUUGACCUGGAUUUUGCAGGUCAGACUAGAAUAUCAUAGCAGUUACUCCUGGAUUUAAAAUCUAUGGGUGAUAUCCUGGCCCUAUUGAAGUCAAAGGGAGUUUUGCCAAUGAGGUCCAUAGGACCAGGAUUCACGCUAGGAAGGGGAGAGUAUUUUUUGUUUAGUGGAAGCUCUGAUUUGGGAGCAUGAGAUAGCAGGUUCCAGAGAAAAAUACCAGUUUGCUGAACUGCUAACCACAUCCUGAUUCACCUGAUGGGAAGGGUGUGAACCACCAUCAGUCAGUUCCUUCUCACCCAGGUUUCUAGCUCAUGAACUAGUGAAACCUAGACAAAGUCUUUGUUACAGAAAUUCCAUCAUUCACAAGUCCCUUGACAAAUGGCUUCCUUCUCCAGGCAGAGCCAGGAGGACACAUCUCUGACACUUUCUUGGAGUCACUUAGGACUCUGUGUCACUAUGUAACCCCUUCCCCUUCCCCCGUCACAGCGCGAGAGAGACUUGGUGGGGCUAAACUGGGUGUCAGCUCCCUGUCAUCCCAGUCUGCUAGCCAGUCUCCUCUGAAGCUCUGCCAGCCUUCACUUUGUGUUGCAGGUAACACUUGGUAUACUCCCAUUCCCAAACACCUCAGAAGUAUCUCCCUGUAGCAUCCAGCCUGUCACUGGACACUCACGGAAAUGACCAAUCUGCUGUCUCAAAAAAGACAGUGUACACACAGCUGGGAGACUACAACCCAGGGUCCGGUCCUUCCUGACCAGAUAGCACUUGGUGAAAACAAACGGAAGUUUAGUAACAACAAGCUUCACCGAUUCAAGUGAGCAUUGAGUAAGAAUAAUGGAAACAGAAAUGGUUACAAAUGAAACAAAAGCAUAACACGCUUCCAAGAGACGCCUCGUAAUUGUGACAGGCUAUAUUCCUUUGUCUGCAAUAGUUUCUCACCCUCAAAGUCCUUUUGCAGAGCUUGCUGAUUUUAAGUCAAAUCAGGAGCCAAAUUUUCAUGAACAACCUCUGCUCCACUAAGUGUGUUCUGCAGUUAAAUGGAUAAUGAAAUGUUCUGCUGAUGAUGAUUAUAUUUUCCAAGGUUUAUUGUCUUUGCUUCUAGAGUCAGGGUAAUCCCUGUUGAUUUCACAUCGCUCUGUCAAUCUGUUUUUCUUGUAGACAUACCAAAUCAAAUAGGUUUUCCUUUCUGCUGGUUUCCCCACGCUUUUAAUUUACAUUAGAGAUUGGGAGAUAACUACCUUUCCCCCUGUCUGGAAGAAACUAGUUUCUGCCUUUGUUGGGUUACAGACUUUACAGCAUAAUAUCAGUAAGUAUCCAUAAUUCCUCAUAUAGUGUUAAUACAUACAUUUCACAAUGGCAUUAAUGACCAGUGUGUCACCGGCUUUCAUCUGAUACCUUACAACAGUGGUCUCCAAAGUGGGGUGCGUGCAAGAGGAUCCUUGGGGGUGCGCGGCAGGAAGAGUGCUUUUUUUUUUUUUUUUUUUGAUUCGGCAGUUUGGGUGGGUGUCUGAGCGGUUUUUUUGUUUGUUUGUUUGUUUUUGCUUCGGCAAAAAUGGUAGAGCUGACACGGCAGGGGGUGCGUGCUCAACAUUUUUUUACUGAUAGGGGUGCGCGAUCAAAAAAGUUUGGAGACCACUGCCUUACAAGACACUUUUUGGACAAACACUAUGAAAACCGUGGGUUAGGUGUAAUGAGUUUUUCAGGCCUGAUAGGAGUUGCUCACAGAGUCGUGAACCAUCAAUGGGCCUCUGUGUCACAACAUCGCUGAGGCUUCUGAAAGAAAUAACCAAAAUGAAAUACGUUAAUAGCGGUUACCAGUGGGUGGUGCGAUGGUCUGUCUGGUGGUGAAAUCCCCAGGUAUUUUCUACUGCUCAGAAUGGCAGUGGGUCAAAUGGCAGAUUAUAGUUACAGGAAGGCUGUGUCAUUGGUGUUACGUUAUAUCCUGCCAAUUUCUGCCAUUGGCUCACCUUACCUUUCUAAGCGUGUGCUGCCUGCGGUUAGAAUUAGGAGGUGCAGAAGCGUCCCAGAGUAACCAUGUGAGAUAAAAAGGCUCAGAAUCAGCUUCAGGUUAAACCGAUUCCACAUGCCUACAAAAAAUUAGGGGUGAUGUGGGCGAAAAGGGAAGGCGGGAGGGCUUUUGACAUAGUCCCCCGGGGUUUGUGCAUGAUUUCCUGCUUGUUUCAAGGCAUGCAUCCUCGCGCUUGCUUGUGGGACCACAACACUAUGUGAUCGAGUCACCUCACAGCUACUGGGAGGAUGUGAGCCUGAGAAAUGCAAUGUGGAGGUGAUAUCAGCAUAUACCUGGGAGCCGCAGAAAGUGACUCCAAUUAUUAGACUAAUGAAAGAAGCAGAUAAGUGCUGAGCACUGAUCAAUUAACUAGGUAUUUGAUCUGGACUAUAGUAUACUGGGAACUCAUUGGUUAAGGGAAUUGCAUAAUGGGAUACCGAGAUUUUUCCCGACUUCAAUUCCAGCCUGGUCUGGUAGAUUCUUAUCUGAUGGCUAUGGGGUGGCCUAUGCGAAAUGAGUCAAACGAGCCCUCGAUUUAAAAGGAGACACGUGUCUACAUCCAAGCAGGCACCACUUGUCCUUCUCAUUGGCAGCUUCGGCGAGAACUGAACAGGCCAUGGAAACCGACCCCUGGGAGAGGUCCCUGGUGAGGCACACUAGUAUAGCAAUGAAGCUUGCACUGCUCCUGCCCACGUUGAGACACAGAAGCUCUUUUUUCUCCAGGGCACCAUCAGUCCAGUUCCUUUCUCCAGCCACCACCGUCUGAUAAUACACGUGCAGCAUAAAGGGACCCAUCACGCAACAAAGAUGGAAACAAAGCUGGGGGGGGGUUGGACUCAGGACUACCCACAAUCCAGCUUGUCUGAUGCAUCCCCAGGAGGCUUCAACCUUCCGUUCAUGCACAUCCCCGUGGCUCUGGCAUUUCAAAGAGGAGAUGGCCCCUGUGUGGCGCUGAAGGCGACAAGCUAGAUAUUCAAUAGCAUGGCUGCCAUUCCGCGCCUGCAGCCCCAUUGCAGAGCUUUACAACGGCUUCGGUUAUUCCAGCCAUCGAUGCAGUAUUCCACUGAGCGCCUAAUUACUGCCCCACAGGCAAUGGCUGCUGGGCUGGAAGGACCGGGUGGGAGGGGAAGUGCCCACCCUAGUUAAGACGCCCAGGAUUCCUCUUUCCUAAGGCAGCUGGAGCUGGUGGCAGCGCUAGAGGACGUGACACUGAUGAGAGGGGACUCCAAACCUGCACAUACAGCCUGCGAGCCACGUAGCUGCUCAUUUAGGGUUAAACUCACCCUCGGCAUAAGCCCCAUGAACCACUGGAGCAGUUCAAGCAGUGCCUUCCACCUCAAUCAGGCCCUCUGCAAAAGGGGUGAGAUUUAACCCUUAGAGAACCACUGAAUUGUGCCACAGAGCUAACACCAAUAUUUGGAUUCCUUAGGAUCUAGCCCCACUUUCCCCUGGUUCACACUGACCUGCUCACAACCUUUCCCACAACCUAGCCCCCUGCAGCGGCAGCUUGCUUUAGCCUUGGAAAACACAGCAGCUGUCAUUUUUGCAGGCAUUCCCUCACUGCUCUGAGCCUUCUUCACUGCAGGGCCAAUGAGACUCAGAAUUAAUGCUGUUCAUUGGGGGAAUCCGCCGUUGCCUCCACUACAUCCAAAGCCCCCUCCCCCCCAGCCAAAAGGUCAAGCACAAAGCAGGGCUCUCCCUGUCCCACAACGGCUCCAUGUACUCUUCUCCUCUUGUUCUCAGCCACCGCUGGCCUGAAGAUCUCAGCACUCCAACUCAGAUCUGCUGUAUAAUAAUGAGUCAGAGGCCACCAGCCUAGCAAAGGGCUGGGUCCACCCCCGGCUCUCUUCAUGCUGACUCUAUGCCCCAAUUACAACAACAGUCCAUGUGAUACCAUCUCGGAGUCACUGAGAGUAAGGGUAUUUGGCAUCGCAAACUGAAAUAAGUCUUUGUACAAAUACACUUGCCGGCCAAACCGUAAAGGUGAUUUGGGGAGUGUAACAGUUAAUGUAUUGCCUCUGACUCCAGCUGCUAGGAAUUUGACUGACAAUUUCUGUUUAUUUAUAUCCCACUACAUAAUCUGUGGCUUCAUGUUAUAAAUUCUUCUGAUUGGAGUUUCA